CAGUUGCAGUCUUGUACAUGGUCUCGCUAGUGUUAUAUUUACUACACUUACUCUCUAAAUUAACCCCUUUUUACCUCCUUAAAUUUAAUAUUGUGAUCCCAGAGUCACUUGGAAUUAAAGCUGGAGGUAUGGAAAUGCUUCAGAGUCAGUGAUUUUUCAGUGAGUUAAUCUAAGUGGAAAGAUUCCACCGGAAAGAAGGGAAUGUGCAGAAAGAAAGGCUGGUGAGCUUGUGUUCCAACUUGUAAUGGUUGAAAACUGCUAUAAUCCUGGUGCAGGUUGAAAGUGUUGAGUAUAUAGGUCUAUGUGAGAUAGCAGAGGCCUGUGAGAGUACUGGGUAGUGGCCUUACUUGGAAAUUAUUACUUCAACACAUCUGGCCACAAGUGUAAAGUAAUGGAGAGAUCAGCAAGGCUGCUGCCGUCUGGAUUUAGCACUAACUUAUUUUUUGUGCUCUUGUAGACCUUCCAUGAAACACUCAAAGUUGCUUCGAUGCCAAGUUGGUGUUGAAAUGAUAAGGCGAAAGCAGCGCCCCUAGUGAGGAGAGGAGGAAUCACCUCUACACAAGGUUGGUACACCAUAACUAGUAUUCAUGGAAGGAAAAAUGCACUGUAAAUGCUAAGACAAGAAUGGUGGGCUAACUUAACUUCAGAGUGGUGGGACGCCUCAACGGGACGCCUCAGCUGGUAUUGCCAGUGGUGUGUGUGCAGUGGAGGGGCAGUCCCAGCACCAAGAUCUGUGAGAACUAACAGCUAAGUAUCCAUCACACUACGUCUGUCUCUGUGAUGUAGUCAGCAACCACCUUCCCUGCAUAUAGUAUGGACUCUUUCUUGGGCAAUACUCGUCCAUUCUUCCAAGGGCUGCCCACUUCCACUCGUGGAUAUGAUGGGUCCACACUGGAGGACCAAACUCAUGCUCCGCCCACACCCACACCCCCAGCCACGCCCACACUGCCACCUGCUCAUGUCUACCACCCAUACCAGCACUCUUCAGGCUUUACAGGUGCUGCAACAGCUACUAGUCUGCCUGGUCUGCUGCCUCCUAGCCGCCCUAUAACACCUGCUACACCUUCACAUAAGCUUCCAGAUCACACACAAGCUGCUUCACCAUACAGUGUAGUGUCUUUCUUACAACCACACACCACAAAAACCACAAAUGAGGCACGUUAUCUGGCUCACCUAGAACAUUUACGGCAAACAGCAGGAGCUCCCACGAGGCCAAAUGCCCUACAUGAUUCACGGAUGCCAUCUCACCCAUAUAACAGCCAACCAUCUCUUGUAAUAGAUCCUCGUAUGCCAACUCAGUCGUAUACUACUCAUUCAAGUGUAUCUCCUGAAGGUCGAGCACCUUCUCAUCCAUACACAACUCAAGCUCCUAGUUCAGCAGAAUUACGGCCUAAUCGACCAUACAGCACACAUUCUGGUAUAAAGGGAGAUUCAAAAAUCCCUGCACGACCAUACAGCUCUCAGUCUGCUCCUUCCAGUGACUUAAGGACACAUUCUCAUUCAUUUAUCUCUCAAUCCUUAUCUUCAGAUCCCCAAAAUCAUUUAGACAGUAAAUAUCCACCUAGAACUGAAACUAGGUCAAACCUUCGGACACUCGAGACGCAAUCAGAUCCAAAAGUAGAUUUACAUCAUGAACAGUGGGGUCAACUGUAUAGGGCUCCUGAAGCCAAACCCUUGGAGAAAUUGGCUCCAUCCGUCCACAUUGCUGUAACCCCCAUUAGUGUGAACGGCUCCAAGGAUGCUCUUUAUUUAGGAAAGAAGGUUGAUGAUAUAGCAAGUGUAAAACAAUCAGAUGAUCCCUAUAUUAGGAGUGUAGAAAGUUUGCAAGUCAAUGGGUCACGUGACUCAUUGUAUCCUAAUGGAUCUCACAGCUCCUAUUCCUUAGACAAACAGAGAGAGUCUUCAAGAGGUAAACCAACAGCUUCCUGUCCAAAGGAAGAUUCUGCCCUAGAUCUCUCUGUCAAAACUGUGAGACAAACUGCAGAUUCAACUGCUCCAGAUCUUGAACACAGUUUUAGUGCUCCUCUUAUGAGUGGAGUAACUAUUGAAAAACUAUGCCAAAGUGAUCUUACAUGUACUCCAAGCUCUGUUCCUGUCACUUCACCAAAUAAGGCUAAUAAAAUCCCAUCGGCAACUCAGAGAGAUGUACCCAAGGUUGCUCCAAGCAUUUCAGGGACUCCAAGAGCAACACCUCCAUCUCAUGUAUCUACACAGUAUGGGAUAAACGGUUCUCCUAGUCCUCUACCAUCAUCGAACCCACUUGCACGGCAUUCUCACACAUUAUCUUCUGUUAAGCGUGCAGGUGACCCAGUAUAUUUGGAUAACUAUGCUAAGCUACCUCGAAGAAGUCAUACACCACCUUCGAAGUCAAGCAUCCCAUCUAGACAGUUAGCUGAUGCUCAUUUAUCUGCUCAUCCACACAAUAAAUCUAUGUACAGUGCACACAAAGACUCGCUCUCAGAUCAAAAUCGUGGUCUCCAUCUCCUAGCAGCAGCAACACUGAAAACAGAACUUGAUAUUCGAUAUGGCAGAGAACCUGGUACUGAUAGAAGGCAGCCAAGUUUAGAAAGGAGAGAUUCUGGUAAUGAAUUAAGAGAUAAAAGCUUAGAAAGAAGGAUUAAUAGGAAUCCUGCAAUAGAAAGAAGAGAUCCAAGUCUUGAAGGAAGAGAUACAAGUCUUGAAGGAAGAGUUCCAAGUCUUGAAGGAAGAGAUCCAAGUCUUGAAGGAAGAGAUCCAAGUUUUGAAAGAAGAGAUCCAGGUCUUGAAAGAAGAGAUCUAGGUCUUGAAAGAAGAGAUCCAGGUCUUGAAAGAAGAGAUCCAUGUCUUGAAAGAAGAGAUCCAUGUCUUGAAAGAAGAGAUCCAAGUCUUGAAAGAAGAGAUCCAAGUCUUGAAAGAAGAGAUCCAAGUCUUGAAAGAAGAGAUCCAAGUCUUGAAAGAAGAGAUCCAAGUCUUGAAAGAAGAGAUCCAAGUCUUGAAAGAAGAGAUCCAAGUCUUGAAAGAAGAGAUCCAAGUCUUGAAAGAAGAAAUCCAAGUCUUGAAAGAAGAAAUCCAAGUCUUGAAAGAAGAGAUCCAUUUCUUGACAGGAAAGAAUUAAGUUUAGAAAAAUGGACUCUUAACUCUGCUAUGGAUCCAAAGUAUAUGCAUGGAAAGCAUUCAGAUGUUUGUGAUAAUUACAGAGCAUGGGUGAACAUUUCUGAGCAGUCCAAGUCCAACAGUGAUAAAACAAAAUAUUUAUCAGAACAAUACCCUAUACCAACUUCCGUCCCUAGCACUUUACCUCAAGGUUCAAGGGUUUCUUCUGCUCAACCUCCUCAUCCUUAUUCAACUUAUGGACGUCCUCCAGACAUAAGACUACCUCAGACUCCAUACUCCCAGUCAGCACGUACUAUUUCUCCUGUGCAUCACUCACAAGUGAAUGUGGAACAUUCAGUGCAAGGGAAAAUGCAAAAGCCAUAUACUCAGCCAGCCACAAGUAGAAUGCCACAGGCUUCAUCAGCACACGUUAGUAGUCACUCUUCUCAGCCUUCUGUAACUACGUCUGUAACACAAUCUUACCAGUAUCCGUAUACGGCAAGUCAACAGCAGAGACAGCAGCAGCGGUUAACUACGCAACCUUCACCAUUUAAUAUUCCUCAAGCUAUGAAAUCAUUAACAGCAGUUUCUCUACCACCGCCACCACAUCUCACACCACAGCAGGCAGCUCAACAAGCAUAUUUAUAUACUCAACAGCGUAAUGAAGCAUCUCAUUCCUUGUAUGUAGGCAAGCGAUCAAAUCAAACAUCUCCUCAUCCUUCUGGCUCGCCACAUUCUUCUGUAUCUCCACAUCUUUCCGUGUCGCCACAUCUAGCCGCGUCUCCACAUCCAUCAGCUUCUCCACAUUCAGUAGCAGCAUCACCACGUUCUGGUGUGUCUCCUCAUCCAUGCCAGCAGGGUAGAACCCCUCGGUCUUCUCCACAUCCCCAGAAGAUUCCAGCAAGUUCUUCACCACAGCAUUCAAGUCUUUCUUAUCCAGGAAGUCUCCCUCCUAGUCCAUAUUCAGCUCACCAGACUUACCCACCACACUCCACACCACCAGCAAGACCACCAUCAGUAGCAGCACCAUCUAUUCAUCCAACUCAUCCACAUUGUAACCCUCCAUUAAAAGCACAAGCUUCUCAGGUGUCAUCUACUCAUCCAUCACAUGUACAUAUGACUCGACCCAGUGAGCCUCAUGGAGUUCAUCAGGGGCCACAUGUAGAGGAUCAUGCAGCUCAGGGCUACUUCUCCCAAGCUCAUGCACAACAUCCACUACAGCCACAUAACUUGCAAGCUACUCCUUCACAGGCAUGCCCACCCCUCACACAACCCUCUCAGCUUCACCCACAAAUCCAUAUGCACAAUUCUCAAGCUUAUAACUAUCCCUUACAAGUUCAUUCUUCUACCCGUGAUCAUCCUAAUUCACAGCUUUCCUCUCAUCCCUCACAGACAUUUCCCAACACUUCUCAAGCGCACCCUCAUUCAUCACACUCUUCCCACUCUCACUUUUCUUAUGUUACUGCCUCACUUUCUUCGCAAACUCUACAUCAUUCAUCUCAAGCUCCUCCCUAUACUUCCCAGGCUUCUACCCAUUAUACUAGAACUUCCUCUCACACUUCACAAGCUCAUUCACAAACUUCCCAAGUUCCCUCUCACACCUCCCAAGCUCCCUCUCACACUUCCCAAGCUCCCUUACGCACUUCCCAAGCUCUCUUACAUACUUCUCAAGCUCUCUCACACACUUCCCAAGCUCCCUCACAUACUUCCCAAGUUCCCUUACAUACUUCCCAAGUUCCCUCAAACACUUCCCAAGCUCCCUCUCACACUUCCCAAGUUCCCUCAUACACUUCCCAAGCUCCCUCUCACACUUCCCAAACUCCCUCUCACACUUCCCAAGCUCCUUCACACACUUCCCAAGCUCCCCCUUUUACUUCUCAAGCUCACUAUCACACAUCCCAAGCUGCUUCUCAUUCUUCUCAAGUUUCCUCACAUUUUUCCCAAGAUCCUCAUUUCUCCCAAGCUGCUGCUCUCACUUUCCAAGCUCCCUCUCACUCUUACCAAGCUCCCUCUCACUCUUACCAAGCUCCCCCUCAUUUUGCCCAAGCUUUUUCUCACUCUACCCAAGCACAGUCUAAUUUCUCACAAGCUCCUCCUCACUUUACCCUAGGACUUUCUCAUUCUUCCCAAGCUUCCUGUGACUCUUCCCAAGCUCCCUCUCUUACUUCCCAAGCUCCCUCUCUUACUUCCCAAGCUCCCCCUCUUACUUCCCAAGCUCCCUCAUUUACUGCCCAAGCUCCCUGUCUUACUUCCCAAGCUCCCUCUCUUACUUCCCAAGCUCCCUUUCUUACUUCCCAACCUCCUUCUCUUACUUCUCAAGCUCCCUCUCUUACUUCUCAAGCUUCUUCUCUUACUUCCCAAACUCCCUCUCUUACUUCCCAAACUCCCUCUCUUACUUCACAACCUCCCUCUUUUACUUCCCAAGCUCCCUCUCUUACUUCCCAAGCUCCCUCUCUUACUUCCCAAGCUCCCUCUCUUACUUCCCAAGCUCCCUCUCUUACUUCCCAAGCUCCCUCUCUUACUUCCCAAGCUCCCUCUCUUGCUUCCCAAGCUCCUACUCUUACUUCCCAAGCUCCCUCUCUUACUUCCCAAGCUCCCUCUCUUACUUCCCAAGCUCUCUCUCUUACUUCCCAAGCUCCCUCUCUUACUUCCCAAGCUCCCUUUCUUACUUCCCAAACUCCCUCUCUUACUUCCCAAGCUCCCUCUCUUACUUCCCAAGCUCCCUCUCUUACUUCCCAAGCUCCCUCUCUUACUUCCCAAGCUCCCUCUCUUACUUCCCAAGCUCCCUCUCUUAUUUCCCAAGCUCCCUCUCUUACUUCCCAAGCUCCCUCUCUUAUUGCCCAAGCUCCCUCUCUUACUUCCCAAGCUACCUCUCUUACUUCCCAAGCUUCCUCUCUUAUUGCCCAAGCUCCCUCUCUUAUUUCCCAAGCUCCCUCUCUUAUUUCCCAAGCUCCCUCUCUUACUUCCCAAGCUCCCUCUCUUACUUCCCAAGCUCCCUCUCUUACUUCCCAGGUUUCCACUCUUACCACCCAAGCUCCCUCUCUUACUUCCCAAGCUCCCUCUCUUGCUUCCCAAGCUCUCUCUCUUACUUCCCAAGCUCUCUCUCUUACUUUAGAAGCUCCCUCUCUUACUUCCCAAGCUCCCUCUCACACUUCCCAAACUCCCUCUCACACUUCCCAAGCUUCCUCUCACACUUCCCAAGCUUCCUCUCACUCUUCCCAAGCUCCCUCUCUCACUUCCCAAACUCCUUCUCAUACUUCCCAAGCUCCCUCUCACACUUUUGAAGCUCUCUCUCACUCUUCCCAAGCUCCCUCUCACUCUUCCCAAGCUCCCUCUCACACUUCCCAAGCUCCCUCUCACACUUCCCAAGCUCCCUCUCACACUUCCCAAGCUCCCUCUCACACUUCCCAAGCUCCCUCUAACACUUCCCAAGCUCCCUCUCACACUUCCCAAGCUCCCUCUCACACUUCCCAAGCUCCUUCUCACACUUCCCAAGCUCCUUCUCACACUUCCCAAACUCCCUCUCACACUUCCCAAGCUCCCUCUCACACUUCCCAAGCUCCCUCUCACACUUCCCAAGUUCCCUCUCACAUUUCCCAGGCUCCCUCUCACACUUCUCAAGCUACCUCUCACACUUCUCAUGGUCCCUCUUAUUUUUCUCAGGCUGCAUCUCAUGUUCCCCAAGCUCCCUCCCACUCAUCCCUACAUUCACGCCAAGUUCUCCCCCUUUCCUCUCAGGUUACUGUUCAGUCGGCCCAGCAGCAGCACUCAGAAGUUGUAACUCAGCCUUCACAAACUAGAGCAGCUCUUCCCACUCAAGCCUCAAGUCAUCCUUCACAGGCACCUCCAGCCACUUCUCUCCAUCUUUCUCAAGCUCGUUAUGCUUCUCAAGUGUCCUAUCUAUCAAAACAUUUGCCUUUCCAUUCCCCUCCCCAUCCUUCUGACAAACAUACCUAUCAUCAUUCUUACCCCUUCCCUCCUCAACUCUCCCCCCAUCCCUCUCAAAAUAUGUCACACCCCUAUCAAGCUGCUGCUCAUCCCUCUCAAGCUACUGUUCAUCCCUCUCAAGCUGCUGCUCAUCCCUCUCAAGCUGCUGUUCAUCCUUCUCAACCUGCUGUUCAUCCUUCUCAACCUGCUGUUCAUCCUUCUCAAGCUACUACUCAUUCCUCUCAAGCUGCUCCUCAUCCCUCUCAAUCUCUUCCUCCCUCUCAAUCUGCUCUGCAUCCUUCUCAAACACCUCAUCCCUCUCAGACUCCUUUUCAUCCCUCUCAAGCUGCUGCUCAUCCCUCUCAAGCUCCUCCUCACCCCUCUCAGGCUUCCCAUCCUUCUCAAGCUUCUCCUCAUCUCUCUCAAGCUGUUCCUCAUCCCUCUCAAGCUGCUCCUCAUCCCCCUCAAGCUGCUCAUCCCUCUCAAGCUACUCAUCCCUCUCAAGCUGCUUCUCAUCCCUCUCAAGCUCCUCAUACAUCCCUAGCUUCUCUUUCCUUUCAUGCUGCUUCUCGAUCCUCUCAGGGUUCUUAUCAUCCCUUUCAAGCUGCUCCUCAUCCCUCUCACACUGCUCCUCAUCCCUCUCAAGCUCCUUAUCCCUCCCAAGCUCCCCAUCCCUCUCAAGCUCCUUAUCCCUCCCAAGCUCAUCCCUCUCAAGCUCCUUAUCCCUCCCAAGCUCCCCAUCCCUCUCAGGCUCAUUAUCCUCCUCAAGCACCUCAUCCCUCUCAAGCCUCUCAUUCCUCUCAAGCUUCUCAUCCCUCUCAAGCUCUUCAUCCCUCUCAAGCACCUCAUCCCUCUCAAGCACCUCAUCCCUCUCAAGCUCCUCAUCCCUCUCAAGCUCCUCAUUCCUCUCAUGCUCCCCAUUCCUCUCAUGCUCCUCAUCCCUCUCAAGCUUCUCAUCCCUCUCAAGCUGCUCCUCCCUCCCAUGUUCUUCAUCCCUCCCAGGCUCCUCCUCCCUCCCAUGUUCCUCAUCCCUCUCAGGCUCCUCAUCCCUCUCAGGCUUCUCCUCCCUCCCAUGUUCCUCAUCCCUCUCAGGCUGCUCCUCCCUCCCAUGUUCCUCAUCCUUCUCAGGCUCCUCAUUCUUCUCAGGUUCCUCAUCCCUCCCACAUUCCUCAUCCCUCUCAGGCUGCUCCUUCUUCCCAUGUUCCUCAUCCCUCCCAGGCUUCUUAUCCUUCCCAGGCUCCUCAUUCCUCCCAGGCUCCUCAUUCCUCUCAAGCUACUCAUCCUUCUCAAGUUUACUCUCAUGCCUCCAAAGGUCCACCUUCUUCCUCUAAAGUUCUCUCCCAUCAUUUUCAAAGUCAUCACCCUUCCCAAGGUUCCUCCUUCUCUUCUCAAAUGCAUCGCCAUUCUCCUCAGGUCCCCUCUCGCCCUUCUCAAGCCCCUUCAUAUGCACAAGGUUCUUCCCAUCAAUCCCAAACUUAUUCCCAUACCUCUCAGGCUCAUUCUCACCCAUCCCUUCCUCUUCCAUCUCAAGCUACAGUUCUUCCAUCUCGGACUUCUCCACGUCCUUCCCAACCUCAGCCCCAACCUUCUCAGCAGCAUGUUCAUCUGUCUCAUCCCCAUCCUUCUCAGUCUUAUUCCCAUUCCUCUCAGUCUUAUCCUCAUACUUCUCAGUCUUACUCUCAUCAUGCACAAGCUCAGUCACAUCCCUCUCCAUCUCAUGCUCAUCUUUGUCGUGGUCAAACACAGAAUUCUCAGUCUGGCUCUCAGAGGGCCCACACUUCACAUCUUGGUACUUCUCAGAUGCGUUUACCACAUGCUACACGAGUGUGUCACUCUAUGUAUCCAUCCCAGCAGACUAUUCGGCCACUCACCUCUCAGUCCCGUACAUCUCAUCCUUCUUAUAGAAACAUUUCUAAUUCCUCUCAGCCUCAUCCUCCUCAAGGUCAUCCUCAUCAUGCCCAGAACCCACAGUGCCAGCCAACAAGGCUUCCACAUUCAUCUGUCAAGCUUGAAGAUGUUCCUGGUGCCUCUCAGUAUCCUAAGCAUAUGCAUCCCUCUAAAUACUCUGUAGCCAGACAGGAUAAGCUACUGAGUAAAGGUCAACUUGAUCCUACAAUCCACCAACCAGUGCCAUCAUUAGUGAAAGCCAGGACUUCGCAGGAUUAUGAUUUAUUGCGAAUACGUACGAAAGGUGAGCAAAAAGCAUUUGACCCUCGGAAUGCUGAGAGUGGCAUCAGAUUGGAGCCUUGGACCCGCUAUACCCCAGGGGUUAAGGGCAACCAGCCUCAUCCUAAUAAUCGAAUUGAAAAUGUACCUUACAAUGUUGCAGAACAACCCACUCAACCUUCACUUGUUAGUGAUAGUCAAGGUGAACCAAAGACUUCCACUGUUUUUGAAUUCAAGGAAGAAGAAAGUCAUAAAUCAGACCAGCCAGAGGAUACAAGCAAGAUACUAGAGCCAGGCAAAGCAGCUUUAGCUGAGAAACUUCAAAGAAAAAUUCAGAGUGUUGAUAACCUUGAGUCUCUUCUAAGCAAAAAAGUAUGUAUACAAGAGCCUUGCACAAUCAAGAAGGAAGAGCCAUCAGUGGAAAGUGAAUGGGACCUGAGUAUAAAUAAGUUCAUUAAUGAUUUAGCAUUGAAUCUUGAAGGGGUAACAAGCAAGAAAAGCAAAACACUAGGAAGGAGAUAUUUACAGAAAAUUCAAAUACAGCAUGCUAUUGACAAUGAUCUCAUUGUACCACCUCCUGCAGAUGCUUUUGAAGAGGAGGAGGAAAGUGAACCUGAACCACCAGUUAAAUUCCGUGGGAAAUUUAAGAGCAUCAAGGAUAAAAAAGUAGAACGUUUAAUUCUUACUUAUGCAUCACAUUCUGAUGAGAGUGCCACAGAAAUGAUUCCUGAUGAAGAUGCUAGUGAUUUUGAGGAGGAAUUGAAAAGAGAAAUAAGAUCAAAAGACAAAAGACGAGGCCAUUCACGGAAGUUAGCAAAAGGUUAUAUAAGCAGUGGGAGUGAAAGUGAAAGAAGAAACAGAAAGGGUUGCUAUGGAAGGGGAAGAAAUAAGGAAAACAAACCUAAUAAUAAGCAAGACUCUGACUUUUCCCUUAGCAGUGAUAGUGAGAGUGAUAGCAGUUCUGUCAGUAGUGAUGAUUCUGAUAGUGAAGACUCUGAUUCAGAUGAGGUAGCAAGGCCACGAAGAAAAGGAAGGAGUUCUGACAGUGAAGAAGAACCAAGAAGAAGGGGUAGAAAAUGGGAUAGUGAUAGCAGUGAUUCAGAAGAAAUAUUACCUAGGAGAAGAACAAGAGGAGGAUACAAAUCCUCAAGUGAUUUGGAGACAUAUAAAGAGUCCCACAAAAAUAAAAAGAGAAAGAAGAAGCAGGAUUCAAGUGAUUCAGAGGAAAUGUUGUUGAAGGUAAGGAAAUGCAAGAAGAAAACAUGGGGAUCUGAUGAUGAUGAUGACAUUGGAGCAAGAAAGGGAAAGAAAAAAGGUGUAACAGGCCGAAAACAACAGAACAAAAAUAAAAGGGAAGAUUCGGAUGAAGAUUCAGAGGCAGAAGUAAUAUCAAGAAAGACUCGAGGCAUGAAGAGAAAACUUCAAGAAUCAAAAAGAGGCAAAAGAAGAAAGCAGAUGAGUGGAAGCUCUUCCUCAGAAUUUGAUGAAACAAAUGAGAACAAAAAUAAAAUUUAUCGAAGAAAAAGAGAUAGCAAAAAGAAGACUAAAAAGUCUGCUGAAGACAGUAGUGAAAAUUCUGACAUUCCAACCAAAAAGAAAAAUCAUUCAAAGAGCAACCUUAUUGUUGAUAGUGAUGAAAGUGAUGAUUUGAAAAAGAGUGAUACAGAAGAAAAGAGCUCAGAUGAAAAGCAAAAUAAAGAUGAGGCAUGUGAUAUUGCAGAUAUGGAAAAUUCCAUUAAAAAAGAAGUUAAAGAAGAAUUACAGGAUGAGACUCUAGAUUUUGAAGAUAAAAGAGAGUUUGAAAAUGACUCUGUCAUUGAAAAGUUGAGGAAAAUUAGAGAUGACGAAUUAAACAGAGAAGAUGUGAAAGAAAUGAAAGUGUGGCUAAGUGAAGUAAAUAAUGACAUGAAGAAACAACUUGGAAACCUUCAGGAGACAGCAUUGAGGCAUUAUUGGAAAAAACCUGAAUUUGGAGCAGGGGAUGAUUUCCUCCAUGGAUGGCAGAAUGAAGUGAAAAAAUACAAAGAAGUUACAGCAAGGUUUCCUAAGAAACUUUGCCAAGCUGCUAAACAUCAGAGCUCUGUCUCUUCUAAUAAAAUUAACUCCAAAAAAAGUAAAGAUCGUGAAUCAGGAUCAUCUCCUGCUAAAAAUACUCGUAGUAAAUCUGGCAUAAUCAAGACAAGCAUGGCAGUAGCAGAAGAUGACAGAUUGAAGGUAGCAGCACGACCAGAGAUUAGCAGUGUUAUGCAGAGAUUUUUUGAGAAGGUUUUGGCUGAAUCUGGAAGUGAUAGCACCAAGGGUGGACUUGCAUCCAAAAAAUUCACUCUUGGUCCAUUUUCUGCUUUUGCUACGCAAAGAACGCCUACAGGCCUUACACCAACACCAUCAGUAGCUCCUUCUAUGAUGGCUAGUGAUGACUCUGAUUUGGACUCACUAGCUAGCCUCAGAACUGACCUUCCUGCAUCUGACAGUAUCCCAGUGUCACGAAGAUCUAUAGCUAGCAGCCUGCUAAAAAAAUUUGGCCGUAAAUAUAAUAAUAAAAAGCUCAACACGCAGUGCCUCAACAAAGCUAGAUUAAUACUGGAAGCUAAAAACAAACCUCAACUCUUGCCCACACCUGGAAUGCCCACAACAGAAAAGGAUCUUGAAGAUAUGUCACCAGAUCAUCUUAAGAUUGCCACAUUUUUCAGGAAAGAAACCGUUAGUAAUUACAGAGAUAACUUUGAAGUUGUUGUGACAAAGAAUGGGAUAAAUGAAUUUACACCAAUCUUGUAUCAAUCAAGAACACGUAACAAGGCAAAGCAGAUUCAAGAUGCUGCCACGUUGAGAUCUGUUUUUGGCACAGACAUUCCCAUUCAUCUAAUCAAGAAAACUGAGACUAAGAAAUGUAAGAAAUUAAAGAAGACAGAGAAAAAAGAUGAAUUAAAAAUUUCAGUAAAAGAUGCGUGUUCUCCAGUUCCUGUAAGUCGUGCAAGUACUCCUGGUGGGUCUUUACUAGCUCAGGGAGAUGGAGAUGAUGACUCAGAGCUGCGUAGUGAGCGUUCUGAGUCUGUGCUAGGAGAAUCAUCUGUUCCACGGGCAGCCAAGAGAGCGCGACGAAAAUUCCGCAAGUUUAGAAGUGGUUUCGACUAUAUAAGGAAAAAGAAGAAAGUAAAGCCUGAUGACGAAACGACUCCAUCUAGAAAACGCUUGCCUGUCCGCAAGCACGUUAAUUGGCCUGAAGAAAGUCGUGAUGUAGCCUCAGAAGUUCGCAGUUGGGUUGUCAAUAAAGGACUCGGUGAAACUGUUUUGCAUAAAGCUGCCAGACUUCAGUAUCAUGAUGUUGUUGUUUACUGUGCGGAAAGUCCUGACUUUGAAAUUAACAUUCGUGAUAAUGCAGGCUACACACCUUUACAUGAGGCUUGCAACAGAGGUCAUUUAGAUAUUGCACAGGUAUUGUGUGCACACGGAGCUCAUGUCAAUGCUCCGGGCUAUAAAGGAAUGAGGCCACUUCAUGAAGCUGUUGAAAAUGGGCAUGGAGAACUUGCUCGCCUCCUGCUUGCGUAUGGGGCUGACCCUGCACUUACCACCUAUGCUGGCCAGAAUUGCCUUGCUCUUUCUGCUGAUGUCCAGACCACAAAACUCAUUGAAGGUUAUCUAGCUGAUCUGAAGGGACGCCCUAGUGAGAUGUGGCACUUUAAUGGCCCUUCUAGGCUCCUUGAUGCGGAUGAGCAAGGCUGUGAUUUAUUUAGCACUAUUCCUGAAAGCAGAAUUGUUCCAACAUAUCAGCCAAUAAAAUCCCCAGAUGACACAGAUAGACAAAAAUUAGCAUCACAAAAAUUUGAAACCCUUAGUAUAAAAACAUCAAAUGGAGCUGUGACACAGAUAAAAAGUGAAAUGAGUUCUCAAAGAGAAUUUGAAAAUCUUUCCACCAGUGUGGAAAACAACUUCUUAAAAGUAAUUCAGAUUAGUGAACUGAAAAAUUCAAUUAAAGAAGAUAGGAAAAAGGAUAAGAAGAUAGAAAAUAACAGAGAAUCAUCAGUUGAAGAAAUGGAAAGUAAACAUACACUGAAGAGCAAGGAGAUAAAGGAUGCUGACAAAAAUGUUGUUCCAUUAAGUGAAGAAGAAUUGGAUUUAAGUGAAGUAACUUUUCAGACAAGUGAAUUACCUCUUUUGGACGUAUUUGAGGUUGAUGGCCGGCCUCAUAAAUAUUACCUUAUGCUAGAACUCUUGACCCUCCUUAGAAUGACUCAAGCAGAACUUAUUAUUUCUGCAAGAACUAUUGAAACAUUAAAAUUGAGUGUAAAGGAAUUUGAGAGUCUGGCCCACAGCUGCAUUGUGGGGUCAUGCAGUCGUGCAAUUGUUGAUACCUGCUCUUGUGUGGUGUUGGUAAAAGUCACCCCUACAGUGGAGAAACUUUUAGGAAUUGAAACUAUAAAACUUUAAAGUUUGUGUGUUGUAUGUAGUCAAAAAGAAAUAUUACCUUAAAUUUUGUUGAAAGAUUAUUUUAAGAUGAACAGUAUUUGGAAAAUAAUGAUCUUUAUUGAUCAUACCAAAGUGGAGAAGUCCAGAUUUUUUUUUUUUUUUUUUGACUGUUUAACUGUUGAUAUUGUAAAUCAGCAAGUUUACCCAUUUUUUAUGAGUCUACCUUCACUUCCUACUAAAAUUGUGAUUUUAAUACUGAUAAUGAAUUUGCAUAUACCAUACAUAGUAUAUGAGUUACUGAGCAACAUUAGUACAUGCAGAGAUAACUUCCUCUGUGAUAAGGUUUAUCAAAGAUAUACAUAAACUGUGAUAAGUCCUGUGUAAAGCCAAAAAGAAGGUGAUAUGCAGAUAGUUACAGGAAAUCUUCCAAUUACAAGAAUUUUGAAAAAAAAAAAAAAAAAAAAAACGUGCAGCAGGCCUAAGAUAUUCACUUUAAUAUAAUGAUGUGUUUUCCAUUUUAUAAUAAAUCAGUGGUAGCUGGA